CCGGGAAUUGUAGUCCGGCGUCGCUACAGCGCGGGCAGCAGGGCGCUGCCGGCAGCCAUUACCGGGAGCGCGGAGCCGCCGCCGUCGCUUUGCCUCGCUCCGCGGCCCCGCCGCCGCACGGGGAGGGGCCGCCAUGGCGGCGUAGCCUCGCCCCGCCCGCCCCUUCCUCCCCGCUGCGGGCGCUGAAGGUGCGGCGGCGGUGCGGCCUAGCGCGGAGGGUGGAUCCCCGGCCUCGCGUAGCGACUGCUGCCCGCGAAGGGCCGCCCUCCCCGGGGCCAUGUCCCUCGUGGCCUACGCCAGCAGCGAGGAGGACAGCGAUGCGGAGGAGCCUGCGGGCGAGGAGGAGGAAGCCGCCGAUUCUCCCCCGGCCGCAGCCGAGCAGCCCUCGUCCCGGGGGCUUUUCGCCGCGCUGCCCCCGCCCAGAGCCCCCGCGGUGCCCCCGUCGUUCCUCAUGGGCCCCCCGCCCACUGUGAGCGGCUUGGGCAGCGCCCCGCCGGGCCAGGCCGGGCCCGAGAGCCCCCCCGAGCCGGCCGCCAGCGGGGACGGGGCCGCGGAGUCCCCCCGGCCGAGGGGGCUCCUCCUGCCGCCCCCCAGGAACGCCGCCACCGCCUCCCCCCUCAGCCCGCCCCCCGCUGCCUCCCCCGGGGCGGGCUUGGGCCUCCCCAAGCCAAAGAAGAGGACGGAGCCGGUGCGGAUCGCGGCGCCCGAGCUGCACAAGGGGGAUUCAGAUUCAGAGGAAGACGAACCAGCAAAGAAAAAAAAUACUCUUCAGGGACGCAGCGAGGGCUCCGGCUUGUCCGCUUUGCUUCCUCAGCCCAAAAACAUGACAGUGAAAGAGACCAAUCGGUUACUCCUGCCCUACGCAUUCUCCAGGAAAGCAGGAGAAAACGCCUCCGACUCCAAGCCUGCCAAGACCCCGAGCUCUUCCUCCAAAGCCAAACCCGUGCCCAAGCCGGCCGUGCCCACAACUCCGUCCCCGUCGGCGAUCAAAGCCGCGGCCAAGAGCGCAGCGCUGCAGGUAACCAAACAGAUCACCCAGGAGGAGGAGGACAGCGACGAGGAGGUGCAGCCAGAGAACUACUUCUCCUUGUCCGACAGGAGCGAGCCCAGUGCCGCGGGCACCGAGCCCUACCUGUACCCCGGCACGGGGGGGUCGGAGGACCCUCCGCCCGGGACAGAGCCGGAGCCCCAGUUCCAGGACGCGGCCGCUAACGCCCCUCUGGAGUUCAAGACGGCUGCGGGCUCCAGCGGAGUUCAGCACAGCUGGGCACCCAAACCUGGCGAGGACUAUGGCAGCCACUCCUAUGGCCAGUUCCCCCCUGCCUACGGCGAGCCCGGGGGCUACUACCAGGAUUACUACAGCAGUGGGUACUACCCAGAGGUGGAACCAGCCCAGGCCCCGCCGCAGGAGACGAGCACCGACUCCUCGUUCAUCGAUGACGAAGCGUUCAAGCGUCUGCAAGGCAAGCGGAAUCGUGGGAGGGAAGAGAUCAACUUUGUGGACAUCAAAGGUGACGACCAGCUGAGCGGGGCCCAGCAGUGGCUGACCAAAUCCUUGACAGAGGAGAAGACCAUGAAGUCAUUCAGCAAGAAAAAAGGAGAUCAGCCCACAGGGCAGCAAAGGAGAAAACACCAGAUCACGUACCUGAUCCAUCAGGCCAAGGAGAGAGAACUGGAACUGAAAAACACAUGGUCUGAGAACAAGCUCAGCAGACGGCAGACCCAAGCCAAAUACGGAUUCUGACACAUCUGUCCCGCUUUUUGGCUGGCAUCCCGGGUGACCUGCUGUGUCCGGUGUGUCCCGGCCUCUGGGAGAUCAGCCAGGCCCCAGGACGGGGCUGCUCGUGGGAGGAAGGACUCUGCACUCCCUGGCCUGACAGGAAGAGGGGUCAUUGCAAGCUGGUCCCGAAACUCCACCUGUAAUCCUUCCCCUCCCUCCUUGUAAACCAUAGCGUGGAAGGUUCCGAUCGGCUGAGGACGGUCCCAAGGCACGGCAGGGAACGUGCUGGGUGUGAGGCUCCUGUCCUGAGGGAACAGGCUGUGCCUCCUGACGCCAGACCCUUCAGCAGAGGCUCAAUAAACUCCCAAUUCCCACUUUGCUCCUCUCUUGGA